GACCCGUGCCGGGGCCCCCAUGGCCUCCCGCAGAGCCGUGCCCCCCUCGCUCUGGUCCGGCAACGAGCGCCUUCGCAUCGGCGAGCGCCUCCAAGCCAGCUUGGCCGGGAUCUUAGAGCUGGAUUUCUUGCGGGAGACGCAAAGGGGCACCGUGGAACGCGUCCUGGAGGAGAGCCGGAAGGAUGGCGAGCUGCCGCAACAGGAGGAGGACUCGAGUGGCCUGGGCGGGAACAGGUUGCCAGCCGCCAAACUGGACCGCAGCAAAUCUGAAGACCUGCUGGGGACCCCGAAAGAGCCUCGCGCCUCCUACAGCUCGUCGGAGAACAUCGAGGUGGAGCCUGGCGGCGUGCUGCACGCUCAUGCGGGAGAUGGAUCGGACAAGGGAGGCCUCGGGUUGCAGAUGGUAGGCGAGCCGCUUCUCUCGUCCAAGAAAGCCGAGAUCAACGGAGGAGACACCCAGGAGAUACCGGAGGCCGACUCUAGGCCCAGCUCAGGCUUCUACGAGACCAGCGAGGUGGGCUCCCUGUCUGACUCCUGUGCCUCCGUGCACAGUGACGGGCCGGGGGGAUCCCGCUGCAGCGUCGGCUCCCUCUCUCACCUGCCGGGCCUGCGAGAGAGCAGCUUGGCCCGCCCGCAUUCAACCGACGAGGCCGCCGUCCGCCUCCUGGACCUACGGCUGCAGCGUCUCGCCUUGGCCAACGCUCCUGGCGCCGACAGCAGGAGGCCUGUAUCGACAGGUGACCUUGAGUUCCUCAUGGGCCUCGGAGACUUGUCCCUCCCACUCCCGAAGAACCCCAACUUUCAGCUGCUGCAGUAUCGGUCGGACCUCGUCUCCCGGAACACCAACGAAAUCUACCACUACCCGAGCCCCUUGCAUGCCGUGGCUCUGCAAAGCCCCCUUUUCACCAGCAGCCUCUCCCAGAGCUCCUCCCAGGAGGAUCUCGACGAGGGCCCCCCGGAGCACGUUGGCCCCGACUCCCCAAAGAGGGCAGCCGCAGGCUCCAGGGAACAGCAGAGGGUCCGGUUAGACCAGUACGUUGCUAAAUUGGUUCUGCGGUACAAGUGCCGGUCGGCGGCCAGCAGGACGGAGGCUGGAUACCUCGCGGGCAACCAGAAGAGCCUCUCCAUGUCGUCCGUCUGCAGCUCUGUGCUGGGCGCCAGCCAGCUCCUGGCCCUGGCACCCGGGUGGAAGAUCCGACGGCGCAUCUCGACUUGCUCCCACCUGCGGUCCCCGGAGGGCUCCGAGGGGACGCGGGAUUCUCGGGUCUUGGACGGCCCAGGGGAUUUCGCCCAGUUUCUGGAGAUCAGCUCCAUCCAAUCCAGCUCCACCAACCUCACCAAGGCGAACGAGCCGUCAGUGCUGUCCCUUCCGGAUCCCCUCCCGCCAUACCGGGAGCCGUCCGUCAGCCCCUACCCUAAUAAGCCACGCGGCGGAUCGGAAAGAGGAGCUCCGAGUUGGGCUAACGGGACCCGGAGGCAUCUUGUCCAGGUUGAGAGCUCCUCGGCCAAGGAGGCCUCGUUGCCCCGGGCUGCUGGGGCGGACUUCGACAAGCUGUACAAAGGCAAACACGCUUCCCGGGAGUUGGUGAAGACAGCCGAGAGGUCAGAGAAGGCGUCCGAGAGGAGCUGGCUGAGCCCCCGAGAGCUACUGCGCAGGCUGAGCCUACGGAGGAGGCCAUCCGCCCGGGUGGGGAGCAGGGCCCGGGCCAGCUCGGAAAUCAACGUCCAUGUGGCGGCCGGGCUGGUGUGCCACGGGGAACCCCAUGCCACCCGAGGCAAAGCGGUCAAGCCCAAAUGGGCCUCUGUCCUGGAGAUCUCCAGCAAGGCUCCCGGGCGGCCCCGGCUGAAAGCCGCCACCUUCCACCACCCGCCCCAGGUGCUGAACCGCCACCUCACCUUCUCCUCCGACUCUCCGGCGUCCUUUUGCUUCCUCGGGGGCAGCCACCUCGACCUGCCACCCCGGCGGCGGGCUGGGCUGGCCGGUAGCAAUUCCGGCCUUGGCGGGGUGGAAGCCACCAGCGCCGUCAGCCUGAAUGGGGACUGGAUCCUGCAUCAGCUCGGGGACAAAUGGCCCCAAACCUCAGCCACCUUGGACUCUGCCGACCUGCCAGUCCGCAGCUUCAAGCUCCGUCGCAGCCGCUCCUUUAAGGAGCUCAAGAAGAUGGUGUCUCGCUCCCUCCGGGGUUCCAGAAACGCCAAGUGACACACACCCAUCCGUGUCCUUCCUUCAAGCAGGCCAGCAACAGGAGGAAGAUCCAUUGGGAUAUCUGGAUGUGUGCCAGCUGAGAUAGCUUCACACCCUGUUGCAGGUUUCCUGAGUGACCCUUCUGGGAAGGUUUUUCUAUUUCUCUUCUUGGACCACAGGGAGUUAGUUCAGAUACACACACAGGAUUUAUAUUUCCGCUUCCUUUUUUCCUUCUUGUUUUUACAUCUUUAAAUUUUAAUCCUGAAGGAUACCCACUGCCCUUCACAAGAACCAAAGAGUGAAGUUGAACUCUGCCACUCCCCUCAGGGGACGAUUUGAUUAAGGGUUGGGGGAUGGAAAGGGGGGGGGCUUUGUGACAACCACUUCUCACCCUUGAUCUGGUGGAAAAAGCACACAGCCCUGGCUCGUUUUUUUCCUUUAUUUAACUUUCGAUCCAACCAGCGCUACGCAGCCCGCUGCGUCUUUGACAAUUCACCCCAACUCGCCUUGAGCCCUUUUCUUUAAAAACCCACCUAAGCUUUUACAGGUGCCGGCAACCCAACCAAAAGGUUUCUUGAGUCCAUGGCUGCUGCUUUUGCCUUAGCCCAGGGAUGGGGGAACGUUUGCCUCUCCGGACGUCCUUGGGACUAGAGGGCCUCACCUUGUUUACCACCACUCAGUCACUUCCAAACUGUGCGGGCCCAAUGGAAAAGUUGUGGGGUUGCAUAUUUUGGUUUGGAAUCGGUUGACGCCUGCUUCGGCUUCUCACCUCAUGUCUCAAAACUGACAUCUGUGAAGGUUUCCUCGUCUUAUAUUAUUUCUCCCUUUUUCAAAAUGAGUGCAGUGUACGAGCUAGCCCCGAGCAAGGGCAUUCUCCUUGAUUUUGGGUUCCUCUCAUGGGCUCCCUCAGGAACCAUCCAGACGUCUUUCCGGAACUUUCUCUCUGAGGCUCCUACUGCAUUUCAAGGGAGGGCAUGCUACAGCUCCAUGUAUUUUUCCACUACCACCACCUCAGUUUCCUUAAAAGCUGAUAGCAUGGAAGCAUCCUUUUCCUUGUCUUCGUUUUCAGGUGAUCCCUCUCUCUGAAACUGUGAACCUCCGUUUCCUUUUUCUCUCACCGAAAAUGUAAAUGUUACGAAUGAGGUUAGGAAAAAAAAAGAAUAAUAAACA